AUGCUCACAAUAGAGUUUUCCGAUUCUAGGAGUGUGUCUGGCUGGGAAGCUGCACCAAUGGGUAAAUAUAUCGCAAAAGCUUUUGUCAGUAAUCCAAAUACAAGAAUCACAAUUGCUUCACGAAAUCCAAAAAUUGAUGAUCUUCGUAAAUUAGGCAAUCAAAUUUUUCCACCUGUAUCAAUAUCAAUUUCGUCAGAUCGAUCAUCAUCAUCAGAUCAAUUAUCGGAAAUAUGUAAAGACGCAAAUCUUGUUAUCAAUUUACCUGGAAUAAUGCAUGAAACACCUUCUGAAAAUAUUACUUUUGAAAAUGUUCAACAUCAAGGUGCUCGUAAUGUUGCCAAAGCUGCUCACCAAAAUAAUGCUCGCCUAAUCCACAUUAGUGCUAUCGGUGCAGAUCCUAAUAGUGAUAUUCCUUAUGCCAAAACUAAGGGGUUGGGAGAAAUUGCAGUACGUGAAGAAUGUCCUGAUGCGAUAAUCUUUCGUCCAAGUAUAAUAUUUGGCCCUGAAGAUAAUUUUUUUAAUGUAAGAAGAGGAAGAAGCAAAAUGAUAUCGAAAGAACCUUAA